AUGGUUUAUAUUCUUGCUUUUAUAUCUUCACCUAGAAAAAUAGGAAGAUGUGAAAUUGAGGCAACCUUAGAGAGACUAAAGAAACUGGAGCGUGAUCUGAGCUUUAAAGAGCAGGAGCUAAAGGAACGGGAGCGACGUUUGAGGAUGUGGGAGCAGAAGUUAACCGAACAGUCCAAUACUCCUUUGCUGCCCUCCUUUGAUAUUUGUGCAUGGACUGAAGAAGAUGUGUUUUUCUGGAUGCAACAACUUACUAGAAAAGGCGAUGCUUCUGGUGAAAUGAGUAUAUAUGCUAGCUUGUUUAAGGAACAUCAUAUCACUGGGAAACGAUUGCUUCUUCUAGAAGAAGAGGAUUUAAAGGACAUGGGAAUUGUUUCCAGAGGACACAUCAUCCAUUUAAAGACGGCUAUUGAGAAGUUAACCCAUGACUACCUAAAUCUGUUUCAUUUUCCACCAUUAAUUAAGGAUUCUGCAGGUGGAGCUGAAGAAAACAUAGAGAAAGUAGUGAAUCUUGAACUUGUUUUUGGUUAUCACUUGAAGCCAGGAAAUGGUCCAAAGGAUUGUAAAUGGAAAAUGUACAUGGAGAUGGACGGGGAUGAAAUUGCAAUAACCUACAUAAAAGAUGUGACAUUCAACACUAACCUACCUGAUGUAGAGAUUUUAAAGAUGACAAAGCCACCAUUUGUAAUGGAGAAAUGGAUUGUGGGGAUAGAAGAACACCAGUCUGUAGAAUGUGUUGUUACGUAUGAGAGUGAUGUUAGAGCUCCCAAAACCACCAGGCACAUCCAAGCUAUCUGCUGGAGCAAGGUGAAAGCACAGGACGAGGUUGAGACAGUACAGCUCAUGAUACAGACCUCGCUCCCGAACUCAGAGGGGAAUUCACGGAGCAGAUCUGACUCAAGUGUUGACAGCCAGUGGAUGCAGACACUGCGGAUGCAUCAAAUUGCGAAAGCCAUUUCUCUCCAGCACGGCCACCCCCACAGCCCAACCACGGUCACCCACUACCUGCCCUACCUUCACAGCCAGGGCUCCUAUGCCGCUGCCGUGAGGAGGACGCGCGGUCCCGUCAGUUACCAGUUCACAUCCAUCAGCCACUCCAGAAACUCCUCUCCCCUCUCGCACGGUUUGGUGAGAAACCUCUCGAAUCUGCACCUGAACUCGAAAGGCAGCAGCACCUCCAGCACGGCCUCCGACACCCCUUCGGAGAGGGACAGGUCUGCUGGCAAAGGCAGAAAUGCCUCGCACAGCGCUAACUCCCGCAGCUCCUCGGAUGGGCAGCGCAGCGGGACCAGUUCCCCAGUGCCCCCCCGGCACUCAGGAAGAGCCUGCAGAACUUCCCCACCAGUGGCCCCCCCUGCCUCCCAGCACCGCACGUACCCCCGCCGCCUUCCCCAGCUCACGGCCAUCCCGGGCAUGCCCCCGCAGGGUGAGAGUGAGCCCAGGAGGGGUGAAGGGGAGAGCAGAGUCAGCGAGGGGGGGUGGAUAAGGGUGCAGCAUGUGAAGAAGCCCCACAGGCAGACCGCAGGCAAGCCAGGAAAGGAAAGGCCCAGGGGGAGCUGGCGAGGCCGGAGGACGUUCUGA